UCUGUCAGGAUCCAAAACAACAAUCCCAGUGCUGCCCCCGGGUACACCGAGCUGCACAGCAUAACCCUCGCCUGCCACCCCGGGCCGCCCUCCGCCAGCCGUACCCGGCAAACACCGCGCGCCCCGCACCCACCGCCACUCAGCCACCGCACGGCCCGCGACUCCGGCCCGCUGGCACUCACCGCAAAGCCCGUCAUCCGGCCCUCCAGCUCUCCCUGCUCGUCCCAGCUCCGCUCUCACCGGCUGGAAAAUGGCGGCCUCGGUCUGUGUCAACAUUCAGAUGCUGCUGGAGGCGGCCGAGUACCUGGAGCGGAGAGAGAGAGAAGCCGAACAUGGUUAUGCUUCCAUGUUGCCUUCGAAUAGCAAGGAGAGAGAGAACAUGAAGAGGAAAAGCAAAUCAAAGAAGAGCAACAGUAGCAGGUCAACCCACAAUGAAAUGGAGAAGAACAGACGAGCUCACUUAAGGUUAUGUCUAGAAAAGCUAAAAGUUUUGGUUCCUCUUGGUCCUGAAUCCAAUAGACAUACUACCUUAAGCCUAUUAACCAGAGCAAAAUCGCACAUAAAGAAACUUGAAGAUUGUGACAAGAAGUCACAACACCAAAUUGAACAGUUACAGAGAGAACAGCGACACCUAAAAAGGCAGCUAGAAAAAUUUGGGGUCGAAAGGAUACGGAUGGACAGUGUAGGAUCUGCUAUGUCUUCGGAGAGGUCGGAUUCUGACCGAGAAGAAAUUGAUGUUGAUGUUGAAAGCACAGACUAUUUAACUGCAGACCUGGAUUGGAGCAGCAGUAGUAGCAGCGUGAGUGACUUGGAUGAGAGAGGGAGCUUGCAGAGCCUCUGCAGUGACGAAGGAUACUCAAGUGCUGGCAUUAAAAGGAUACAACUACAAGACAAUCCAAAAGCCAGUGUGACCCUAUAAAUCAUCUUUUACACAAGGUGAGGGGGUGGAGUUUCAAACAUCCCAGCAGUUCUCCCCCCACCCUAGGUUUCCCACGUCAGAUACUGUCUUAUCUAGCAACUGCUUCACACCAUAAUCUUGCACGUGAACUGUCCCACUCAGACUUUCUCCCAGCUCUGGUUCCUAACCCCUUCCCUAUAGCUCCUGAGAAGUACAUGGCUGUCAGUUUACACAAUAAAGAUGAUAUGCUGUCCCAUCAGCCUGUACUUCUCCAGUAGACAACAUUCCAGAAACACAAUGAAGCACUCGAAGGAAAAAAAUAUAUAAAUAUAUAUAUUUCUAUCUAUGUGUACUGGGAGCUAAAGCGCUGUUCUGGUAAUGCAGUAAAGUGGUAACUGUUAUUCCACUUGCUCACCAGCUCUUCACCACAUCUUUACCCACUAAAAAUGGCCAAAACACAAGGUCUUGGUAUAUUUCUGUAACACCAAAACCUUUUAUUUGUGGGUUGUUGUUUUGGGUUUUUUUUUUUCUCAUCACGUGGGAUUCCAAUCUGGAAAUGGUAUGAAGGAUUAUGUCAAAAGCCUCUUGCUGUACAGCAAGGCCUUAGUUUACAGCUAAUUAUUUCCAAUGAGAAGCCACCAGGAAUCGAUGGAUAGGACGUGCAUGUUAACUCCUUGGUUCUGGCUUAGAAUGGUGAGAAUGCUGCUAACCUGUUUUUAAUUUUUUUCACAAAAUUGUGCAUUUGGUUUUAUUUUUGCACUUAACCCAGCACAGUCUAAAAUACAAAGCUGGAGCCUUAUGGCUUCUUUUUGGAAAUCUAUAAAGCAACUUUUUUUUUUUUUUUCCUUUUUCUUUCUGUUGUAUUUUUAUGUAUUUGGUGUCGGUUUUGCCUAAUUGUCAUCAUCAAUAUAUUUAUAAUUUCACCCUUAUAUAGGGGUCACACUAUGUCAUUUCUCUGUAUGAUUCCAUGUUCCAUAUGGUAUAACUGGAAUCUUGAAACUGCAAAAUGAGCUAGUUGGCACAAAUUAGGCCCCGAGCAGAGAUCAGUGUGUUCUCCUGCUAACUGUAAAAAAAAGAAUUCAGGAUACGAAGUGUUCAGUUAUUUAACUCGUUAUUACGUGAUGCAGUAAAACCCCUGUUUCUUACUACUUAAUUUUAAUUUUUUAAUUUUUCUUUCUUAAAUUCCAAAGCAAAAAAGGAAUAUACCAUGCACUACAAUGCACAAAAUCUUGAUUGUUCUAAAUCUAAAACCCAGUAGUUGGAAAUUUAAUCUAACAGUGUUUGGAUGGGUACUUUGUCAUCUGUGGUUAAAGGCAAAUUGCACCCUAAUGUCAUUUUGUUUCACUUUGUAACAUUCGCAGCUGCAUAGGAUUGUCCCUGUCCAUAUAAAGGAUUUGUGUUUUGCUCAAUGGGACAAUCAGUUUUAUUUCCUACCUCACAGAGAGAUGAACAAACAUGGCUUAGAGCAGGCAGAAGAUAGUUUGCUUUAAUUUUCGUUUUCUUAUACCCUGCAAACAAGGUUUAGUUACAGUCAGCUCAGAAACCUUCAACACCUGCUCUUUGUGCUGUCCAUACAGCAUCAUCUUGUCCUUAUGACCGCUGUUCACACUACAAUUUUCAGUGUUAUCAGGAGCUAGACCUUAUCCAAUCCAGAACGCCUUAAGUCAUAGGGAAGCCAUAGAGUUAAUGAAGCAAUAACCCGAAGCAUUAAGUUAACAAAUCUGGUGACAUCGCAGCAAAGUUCUGAACAGCACCCAGCUCCUGAAUUCAAUGAACUUUAUUUAGCUCUUCCUAGUGUUUCGAUUUCAUACCCAAGUUUAUUAUCCUAAAGUGUAAUUAACCCUUUUAUCCCCAAACUUUUGAUUGGUUAGAUAUUACUAUUUUGUUUUAUUGUUCUUGCAUGUUUUAAGAUGAUUAACCAGCAAUAUAAAAGUCCAACUAUCAAUAGUAACCCAUGGAGUACCAAAGGGGUAUGCAGCGCCAUUGCGCAUCCGAUGUUCAAAAGGUUAAACCUGUUUAAAAUUGAUAGUGUUCUAUCCAACCCUCUGCAGUAAUUAAGAAUAACGUAGGAUUGGAAACACAACAAUUUAUAAAAAAAAUAAUAUAUAUAUAUAUAUAUAUAAUUAUACACCCUAUUGGCAGGAAUCAAAUUAAACCCUUUGACAUUAAGACAUUUAGUUGUGUUCUAAAUGACCCUCAUAAUGGCUAUAAAGUAGAAAUGAGGAUAAUAAACGAGUCUUUUAGCACAAAAAAGGGCUUAAGAAGAUACUUAUCUAUUGCAGACCAGACAAUGUUUUGGACUAAUUACAUUAGUAACUUGAUUUCACCAUUUCACAGACAGACUGUUUUUUUUUUUUUUUUUUUUUAGUUUUUUUUUCUUUUUUUUCUUCAAGUUUGAACUGGUCAAAAGUCCUAACGCUGUACAACCCUCUCAUGUUAUGAUUGCUUAUUGUUUAUUUUGUUCUUGAUUUCUAAGUAAAGAAAUCUCUCCUGCUAAAAAUUUUCUACCUUUAUAAAAGAGAAGUAUAUGUUCUGCUCUAAAAAAAAAAAGCACACCUAGAUGUACAUAAAUCACAUGGAAAUAUAUAACUAUUUAUUCAUGUUUUGUAUAGCUGAUGUAAUAGAGAUUCUUAUGAAUUUGUGCUUUUAUAAAUGUUCUGAAACAC